GUCGGCAUGUUGACACAACAACAGCAUGUGGUCCUGUACGACCUGCGGUUUCCCGGUCCGAAGACGUCAGCACACGUGCGACCCCACCUCCUUGCUACUGACAUAUCAAAGGACGCUCCCUACACCCCGAAAUCAGAGUCGCUUUUAACAUAGCAACUGCACCACAAAGAUGGCCGAAGCCCGUCCAGUCGCGCUCGUCAUUGGCGCGUCGCGGGGCAUCGGCAGGCAGAUUGCCAUUGACCUCGCAAAAGCGGGCUACGUUGUUAUUGCGGCCGCCAAGUCGACCUCCGAUCCCGCGGCGCUGUCCGUCUUCCCACCGGAUCCAAACUCGGCAUCCAGCACGAUCAGCACCGUCGCGGCCGAGAUCACGCAGCAGGGGAACGCGUGCAUCGCCAUGGCCGUGGACGUGCGGUCGACUGAAUCGAUCAUCGCGCUCUUCGCCGACGUCGCUGCGCGCUUCCACCGGCUCGACGCGCUCGUGUACAACGCCGGCGCGAUAUGGUGGGCGCCCGUAGCAAAAACUUCCAUUAAACGCUUCAAGCUCCUCCAGAGCGUCAACAUCGACGGCCUGUACAGCAGCCUGCAAGCCGCGCUGCCAUUGUUCGAGCGCGCCGGCUGGAGGUGCCGGGUCGUGGUUGUGUGUCCCCCGAUAUACAGCCGCUUUUUCCGCGGCAAGGCGGCGUACGCAGUGGGGAAAGUGGGCAUGAGCGUGCUUGUCAAAGGACUUGCUAUGGACUGGGAGCGGGACGGGAAGAAUGAAAUGGCCAUCUCUGGCAUCUGGCCCGCCGUGGCCAUCGAGAGCGCUGCCACGCAGCGCUUCACCUCCAAGGAUGCCAACGAACGCGCUGAGUUGCGGACGGCGGCUGUUUUCUCUGACGCCGUGGUGGCGGUGUUGGAGGCUGAGCCGGCGGUUACGAAUGGGCAGCUGUUUACGGAUGAGGACUUUUUAAGGGAGCACCGGGGCGUCGCUGAUUUUGAUAGGUAUAAUGUUGUCCCGGGAUCGAAGCCGAGGAGGAUCAUGCCGAAGAAGUUUCCUGUUUUGACCGUCGAAGAACAGGAUGAUGAGGGGAAAAGAGUCGAUAGUACAGCCAUGGAUCAGAAACGACUCUCUAAACUAUAGAGCUUUCACUUCGAACGGAACUCCAUCAAUGCCGUCAUCAUCGCGAGUUCAUGCAUUAUAUUUAUUUAUUUAUUUAUUUAUUUUUACAAAGGAAACUCAGUCCGGUAUCUUUGGUCUUCAGCCAAUACACAGCUUGGCUAUGCACCCGGCGGCCCUGCUCGGAUAUUCACCGAAACGGCAACAUUUUUCAAGCCCU